AAGGUAUUCAUGUUUAAGAACGUCUUUCUCUUUCCUCAAUAGAUUUUAAAGUUCAAAGCCACCCCAAUUUAACCUACAAAACUCAUUCUCUUUCAAAAAUGGAAACAAAAUAGGCGGCAGCAGGUAGAAAGGCGACCGAGAGGAGAGAAAUAGUAAAUGAGACUUGGACGCAUGAAAUACAUUCUGUACGUAUUGAGUAUCAGCGGUAGCUAAGCGAGUUCAGUCGGGAAGUAGUAGGCGGUGUCUCUCUUAUUAAUUUAGUUACUCAGCAAUUGAAGAGCGGUGUGAUCGCAAAGAUGGAAAAGCUUUCGGCAGGGUUGAGCCACCUCUUCAUGACAAUCUUUCUGCACAACUUCGCCACGUUCAUGGUGAUUCCGGCCAUCACCGACGUUACCAUGUCUGCCCUUUGUCCCGGAAGAGAUGAGUGCUCCAUCGCCAUCUACCUCACCGGAUUUCAACAAGCGAUCGUAGGGCUGGGAACACUGGUGAUGAUGCCAUUGGUAGGGAAUCUCUCAGACAAAUUUGGGAGAAAAGCUUUGCUUACACUGCCAAUGAUCUUCACAAUUAUCCCUUUAGGGAUACUGGGAUAUAGCAGGAGCAAGAGUUUCUUCUACGUCUACUUCGUGGCCAAAACUCUAACCGCCAUGGUUUGUGAAGGCAGCGUUCAUUGCCUCGCCCUUGCCUAUGUGGCAGAUAAUGUGGCAGAAGGAAGGCGAGCCUCGACGUUCGGAGUCCUAUCGGGGAUUAGUUCCUGUGCAUUUGUCUGCGGAACCCUCUUCACUCGUUUCCUCUCCACUUCCACUACUUUUCAGGUUGCGACGGUGGUGGCAGCUGUGGCAGUUAUUUACCUGAGGGUUUUCCUACCGGAUUCCAACAUAGACAAGAAUCUUUCCGCUCCGUUACUCUCAGACGAAAAGAUCACAAUUAAGGAUUCAACUGAGACUUCAAGUGCUGAGAUAUUGCAGCCAGCCAAAACAUUGCCUUCCUUAAGUGAUUUAAUCUCCUUGUUGAAAACUAGCACAACGUUUUCGCAAGCUGCAAUUGUUGCGUUUUUCAGUAAUCUAGCGGAUGUUGGCCUCCAUGCUUCAAUGUUGUACUUUCUAAAGGCGCGGUUUCACUUCAACAAGAAUCAGUUUGCUGACCUGAUGGUUAUUUCCGGGGUUGCAGGCACUGUUUCGCAGCUGGUUCUCAUGCCCUUGCUGGCUCCUGCUUUAGGAGAGGAGAGGCUACUUUCGAUAGGCCUCCUUUUUAGCUGCGCACAAAUGUUUCUUUACGGCAUUGCGUGGUCCUUCUGGGUGCCAUAUGCUGCUGCCAUGUUCUCCAUCUUUUAUGUGUUUGCACAUCCAUGUAUGCGAAGCAUUGUAUCGAAACAAGUUGGACCGUCUGAGCAGGGGAAGGCUCAAGGGUGCAUUUCAGGCAUAUGUUCACUUGCAAAUGUUAUAUCUCCGAUUGCUUUCUCCCCUCUCACAGCUUUGUUCCUGUCCGAAAAGGCGCCAUUUAAUUUCCCUGGCUUUAGUCUCAUUUGCGUUGGAUUUGCAGCGAUGAUAGCCUUCAUUCAAAGCGUGAUGAUAAGGGCUGCUCCUCCCCUCUCGAGCCGACGUGUCAGUGAAAGUUGCAAUCACACGGAGCCCUAGUUUUUGAAAGUUCGAAGACAGAUUGUUCCUCGUCUAGUUCCAGGCUGACCCUAGUACAUCACUACUGUAAAGCUCAAUGGUCCUGUUGUGCUGCUGGCUUAAGUUUUUGCUGCCAAUUUAUUGACAAUGUAAUUUUGGUGCAUGCUUUGGAAGGGUGACAUGGUGGAGUCUGGUCCUUACACGAGAAGAGAAAAACUUUAGUAGGGUUGCCUAAUUAGUGCAACACUCACAUAUGUGAGACUAGUAGAGAGAAUCUCAUAUUUUUUCUGAAAUGUGCCUUAUAAAUGACGUGGUCAGGCACUCCUACUCAAGUUUUUUUUUUUUUUUUUUGACGGUGACGCUCAUAAACUUAAGCAAAAGAAAGCAAAUAGUGGAAUGUCGUUUCCUUUUCUUGUACAAUAAGCUUAAAACAUAUGCAUGAGGUUUUUAUAAUAAAAAAAUGCUACUCUUA